AUGAUAGAAGCUACCCAACAAUCUCCGCCUGACGCCAAUAGUGCACCAAAUGAUGUGCGGCGAAGCAUGAAAGAUUUGGAACUCACACUUAGUGAAAAUUUUCCCUCCAAGAGAAGAAAACCAUUUCACCUUUCACAAAGAAAAACCCUCAGCUCACACUCAGCUCACAAAGAAAACCAUUUCACCCUUUUAGAAGAAAACCCUCAUCGUCAUCACCCUCAGCUCGUCAUCGAUCACCCUCAGCUCGCUCGUCAUCACCCUCAGAAUACCCUCCUGCAUCACGAAUCGAAGCUAACCACUGACCCCCACUCACCACUCACCGCCACACACCACUCACCACUAACCACUGACUGUCGCUCGAAGCUAAGUCGCCCUCUUGCACUGAUCAUAGCGCGCUGCCCAGACCGUUCAUCUACCUUCGUAGUCUCUGCUCUCACCAUCACUGGUCACCAUCGUCGUAUCUGCGCUCACUGUCGCCGCUCAACCAAGUUGUCUUUGUUCUCACUGUUGCAUCUCACCCUUGUUGUCUCUGUGCCGACCAUCGCCGCGCGCCUAGCAUCAUCGUUCUCUCUGCUCACCAUCGUCGAGAAGGCAAGACGAGCUUUGAGGGCGUUGAGGGCAGUGGUGAGGCUGCAGGCUAUAUUUCGCGGAAGGCUAGCGAGGAAGCAAGUUGCUGUUACUCUAAGGUGCAUGCAGGCUCUUGUUCGAGUUCAAGCUCGCGUCCGCGCUAGGAAUGUGAGGAACUCUCCAGAAGGGAAAGCCGUGCAGACACUAUUAGAUCAGUACCGCAACCAAGCUGAUCCUAUCAAGGAGGCUGAGGUAUUGUAAAAGCUUUUUAAAUUCCUCUCCCCAAAAAAGAUUCUAUAAUGGAGAAAAAUACUCAUGUCAUCCAAAGAUAUAUACAUAACACUCAAGUUAGUCCUGCACUGAUCUUAAAUGUCAUUGUAGUCUCUCUUUUUUGAAAUUGAUAUAAAUUUUUAGUUCUCUUAGACAUCAAUAU